AUGCUAGCCCAGUAUGGAACCAAUCUAAACAGUAAACAUACUAAACAUGUUGACACGGCCCUUAAUGAGACCUGUAGGGUAAUAACCGGAUGCCUUAAGCCAACGCCACUUAAAUAUAUAUAUCCAUUAUCAGGGAUAGCUCCACCAAGAAUACGAAGAUAUGUGGCCACAUGCAUGGAGAGAUACCAGAAAGAACCGGACAUACUAUGCGAAUGUGGGGAAGACCAAUCAGAUGACCACUUAUUACAGUACACACUAACCCCGCCAAGAUGCACGACCGACGACUUGGCUUUAGUCAACGAAAAAGCAAUAGCAAUGGCCAUUCACUGGCUAAAACAAAAUAUUUAA